CGCCACUCCACUAUAUAAACACAAGCUAUCUGUGGUGCACCAGUGUGCUAUCUUAUUCUUGUGCCUCAAGAAAUAGGCUAGUCCCAAGCAGAAACAAGAUGGCUUGUUAUCAACAAAAACUGUUUGAAAGACUGAAGCCAUUCAUAGGUGUAGUUUUCUUGCAGUUUGGAUAUUCUGGUAUGGAUGUUCUAUCCAAGGCUGCACUCAACAGGGGAAUGAGUAACUAUGUAUUUGUUGUGUACCGUCAUGUUUUUGCCUUUGUUGUCAUGGCCCCUUUUGCAGUGUUCUUGGAGAAGAAAGUGAGGCCGAAGAUGACGUUUUCGAUCUUCAUGAAGAUAGUGAUUCUCAGCCUGCUAGAGCCAGUUAUUGAUCAAAAUUUAUACUUUUUGGGAAUGAAGUACACCACAGCAACCUUUGCUGUUUCCAUGUACAAUGUUCUCCCUGCCAUUACCUUUGUCAUGGCUUGGAUUCUUAGGUAAAAUU